AUGCCGUUAUUUCACCUGAGAUUGACUGCUUCACACUCAACUCUCAAUCAUGUUCCGCUGUUUGGUUAUGUGGUGGAACCCACUCACUUCCCACAGAACACACAGCAUUUGAAUUAUCAUUUACCUGUUUUGAAGAAUUGGCCUCCCUUGUGUACUUUUGUUCAUUCAUUCCCUAGAUUUCAUUCUUUGGGAAACAUGCACAUCAGUGCUGACAUGGCUGAGAAAUUUGAUAUUCUCAAUGUCUGCCAUUCUAUACUUGGCAUGAAUUCAUAUGAGAAGCAAAGCUCGAUCGGGGAGGUUCAAUCAAUGCAUCAUACUGACUCUCCAGACAGUAUUAGCAAGGAAGAGAAGGAAAGACAGAGACGAAAAAAAAUAGGACUAGCCAACAAAGGGAGAGUACCAUGGAACAAAGGCAGGAAACAUAGUUCGGAGACUUGUGAGCGAAUCAAACAGAGAACAAUAGAAGCCUUAAAAGACCCAAAGGUUAGAAAGAAGAUGUCUGAGCAUCCCCGGCCUCAUAGUGCCCAGUCCAAGGCAAAAAUGCGUUCUUCACUUAGACGUGUUUGGGGACAGCGUUUAAAAUGGAAACGGUUAAGGGAGAAAUUAUUUCUGUCAUGGGUUGAAAGCAUAGCAGAGGCGGCUAAGAAAGGUGGUAGCGGACAGCAAGAGCUCUGUUGGGAUAGCUAUGAGAAGAUAAAGCAAAAAUUACAUCUCCAAGAGCUUCGGCUGGCUGCUGAAAAGAAAAAGGAAAAGGCGAAGGAGAGGGCAAAGAAAAGGGCAAUGACAGCAGAACAAGUUAAAGAAAAAAAUAUGGCAAGGAUUGCUCGUGAGAGGAGAAAAGAUGGAGAAGUCUAUGAAGAUACUGAAGAGUUGACAGUUCUUCAAGGGCGGAAUUGUAAGCAGAGAUUAAUGACGUUUGAAAGAAAAACUUCAACAAAUGGACAAGCUGCUGCUCGAGGGGGCAUAGUCAUGUCGCAUAUCUCAGCUUUUGAGAAACUGGAUCUAGAGCUUAUAAAGAGACAAAAAAUGCAGAAAGAAUUUUCAUUUGCAGACCAGAUCAGAGCUGCCAAAAACAAAAGAAUGGAAUUAACUAUGGAAGCCUCAUCCUCUGUUCAUGCAGCCAACAAGAAACCAGGGGAGUAUGCUUAA